AUGGUGAAAGCUAUCAGAGUUCACCAACUCGGUGGCCCUCAGGUUUUGAAGUGGGAGGAUGUGGAAAUUGGAGAGCCAAAAGAAGGCGAGGUUCGUGUGAGGAACAAAGCUGUUGGGGUUAAUUUCAUUGAUGUCUAUUUUCGCACAGGAGUUUAUAAAGUCCCCUCUUUACCCUACACUCCAGGUGUGGAGGGUGCUGGGGUGGUCACGGCUGUGGGUGUUGGAGUCACUGAUAUACAAGUUGGAGAUACUGUAGCUUAUUCAUGUCAACCUCUGGGCUCAUAUGCUGAGGAGCACAUUCUUCCUGCAAGAAAUCUAGUACCCCUCCCUCCCACAAUUGACCCCAUUAUUGGGGCAUCCAUCAUGUCCAAGGGCAUGACGACUCGUUAUUUGCUUCAACAAUGUUUCAAGGUUGAACCUGGUCACACAAUUCUUGUACAUGCAGCAGCUGGUGGAGUAGGAUCCUUAUUGUGCCAAUGGGCAAAUGCUCUUGGUGCAACCGUUAUUGGAACUGUAUCCAAUAAUUUGAAGGCAGCUCACGCCAAGGAGGAUGGAUGCCAUCAUGUAAUAUUAUACACAGAAGAUGAUUUUGUUGCUCGUGUCAACGAAAUUACAUCAGGCAAUGGAGUUGAAGUAGUCUAUGAUUCCGUGGGGAAAGAUACAUUUGAGGGAUCUUUGGCUUGCUUGAAGCUUCGAGGUUACAUGGUAAGUUUUGGGCAAUCAUCAGGUACACCUGAUCCAGUUCCAUUAUCUUCCCUGGCUACAAAGUCCUUGUUCCUGACAAGACCUACCUUAAAGCAUUACAAUGUCACUCGGGAUGAGCUAUUGGAGGCUGCUGGAGAGUUGUUUUCCAAGGUUGCUUCUGGUGUCUUAAAGGUGCGGGUUAAUGGGACUUAUCCGUUGUCUGAGGCAGCAAGAGCACAUGAAGACCUGGAGAAUCGGAAGACUACAGGAUCUGUUGUGUUGCUUCCCUAA